AUGGUAUAUGGCAAAGCAUGUCACCUUCCAGUUGAAAUCGAGCAUAAGGCGUAUUGGGCCAUUAAAAAAUUGAAUGAAGAUCUAUUCAUAGCCGGACAUGAGCGAAUGUUUCAACUGAAUGAAUUGGAAGAAUGGCGUCUGCUUGCCUAUGAGACAUCCAGAUCUUACAAGGAGCGAUCCAAGUUUUACCACGACAUGCAUAUCAGGAAGAACAAAGAAUUCGCUGAAGGAGAUAAGGUGUUGUUAUUCAAUUCCAGACUGCGACUAUUCCCAGGAAAGCUUAAAUCGAGAUGGACGGGGCCAUAUAUUGUUACAAAGGAUUUCCCUUACGGAACUUUGGAAAUCAUGCAUCCAGAGAAAGGAACUUUCAAAGUCAACGCCCACCAAGUCAAGAAAUACUAUGGGAUGGAAAAUGCGCAGGGGAUAGUCCAGUGUUGCAGGCUGGUACCCUGA